UCCAAUUUAACCUGUGAGUUUACUUGGCGCCAACACGUGAUUCCUCCUCACACAGCUUCAUUUUCCCGCGCCACUAUGUUCGCGCUGCCAAUGACGUCAUUACUCCGCGCCACAGGAAGAAAACAAACGUGUGACCUCCGACCUCCAUUAUGAGGUUCUGCAAGACCUGUGGUGGGGGGGACAUCGACGUGGACCAGGCCCGAGGCAGCGCAGUGUGCACCAGCUGUGGGUCCGUCCUCGAGGACAACAUCAUCGUCUCCGAAGUCCAGUUUGUAGAGGGGACUGGAGGAGUCUCAUCUGCGGUCGGACAGUUUGUCUCUGCUGACGGUCCGGUGAAGGCGCCGCUGCUUGGUUCCGGUUUUCAUACGAGUGUUGGUAAAGAAUCCAGAGCGCAGACCCUGCAGGCCGGGAAGCGUCAGAUCCAGCAGCUAGGCAGUCAGUUGCAGCUGAACCAGCACUGCCUGGACACGGCCUUCAACUUCUUCAAAAUGGUGGUCAGUAAGCACCUGACUCGAGGACGGAAGACGGAGCACGUCAUCGCCGCCUGCCUCUACCUGGUGUGUCGCACUGAGGGGACGCCACACAUGCUGCUGGACCUGAGUGACCUGCUGCAGGUGAAUGUUUACAUCCUUGGAAAAACGUUCCUGCUGUUGGCUCGGGAGCUCUGCAUCAACGCUCCCGCAAUUGUUAGGAAGCCAGCUGAUGGUGUCCCACCCCAACCAAACCCAGACCCCUGCCUGUACAUCCCCCGCUUCGCCCACAUGCUGGAGUUCGGGGUUCAGACUCACGAGGUUUCUAUGACGGCUCUGCGCCUGGUGCAGAGGAUGAAGAGGGACUGGAUGCACACCGGACGUCGCCCCUCCGGACUCUGUGGAGCAGCUCUCCUGGUAGCAGCUCGGAUGCACAAGUUUCGACGAACGGUGAAGGACGUAAUCGGUGUGGUGAAGGUCUGCCAGACAACUCUGAGGAAGAGGUUAACAGAGUUUGAAGACACGCCCACCAGUCAGUUGACCAUCGAUGAGUUCAUGAAGGUAGAUCUGGAGCAGGAAUGUGAUCCGCCCUCCUUCACUGCCUCCAAGCACAAAGCCAAGAUGCAACAGCUGGAACACGAGCUGGCCAGGAAACUAGAUGAGGUCGAAGGAGAGAUUAGCUGCUACAAAGACGAGAUUGAGAGUGAGCUGGAGAAGAGCCGCCCUAAACUGAGAGGAAUCUACGCUGCCUACGCCAAAGAAAUUGACCCCGAAGACGCCGAGGUGUUGUCCCUGACCUCUGAGCCCGAGGUGCCUGAGGUCGAGGAGGCAGAGCUCCAAGCCGCUGCCCAACACCUGACACAGAACUUCCUGAGUCAGGUGAUCCAGGAGGAGGACGGGCAGAAGGCCGAUGAUAGCGAACAGGGGGCAGGGCCAGAAAACGAGGGGGCGGGGCCUCAGCGUCAGGCCGCCUCUUUGGCCGUCAUCCUAGGAAAGCUGCCGAGCGCCGCCAGCCUGACCCUCCAGCAGACCUUCCAGACCUUCGAUGAGGAAACACAAGGGAAACCAGACGACGAGCAGUCGGAGAGUGGAGAGCUGGACCUGAAGGAUAUUGAUGAUCAGGAGAUUGAUAAGUACAUCUUGAAUGAUCAGGAGGUCGAGGUGAAGACGGAGCUGUGGAUGAAACAGAACGCAGAGUACCUGAAGGAGCAGAAAGAGAAAGAGGAGAGGAUCAGGAAGGAGAAGGAACAGGGGACAUAUAAAGAGAAGCCAAAGAAGUCGAAGAGGAAGAAGGAUCAGGUGGCGGCGUCCACAGCGGGCGAGGCCAUCGAGAGGAUGUUAGAGAAGAAGAAGAUCUCCAGUAAGAUCAACUACGACGUCCUGCGGGACCUGAACAGCCGAGGGACAGGAAGUGGGGGGGGCAGCAGUCCCAGCAGAUCCUCCCCUGACCCCCCCGACAACCCUGCCGCUGAGAAACGACUCAACCGCCGCCGCCGCAGGAAGGCAAGCGACGCUAACCGAGAGCUGGCGGCUAACACUAGCAUCAUGAGCAAGAGGGUCCGCCUCCUCCUGUCCUCCACCUCAAAGAAGAAGAUACCUGCCCUCCAGGCAGGGAAUGCCAUUACCAUGUCAACAGAUGCAUCACCAGAGCCCGAGGUCUCCUGCCCCCCUGCUGCCCCCCACUUUGUAGACAAGGAACAGCAGGAGGAGGAAGAAGAGGAAGAGGAAGAAGAGCAGGAGCUGCAGGAAGUGGAGGAAGAGUGUGUAAGCGCUCUGCAGCUCGUAGGAGAUUACGGCUGCGAAGAGGAGGAGAUGAGCUUCGACCUGCAGGGAUGAAGCUGGUGGCUCACCUAUCCUCACCUGGAGCUGUUGAUGCUGUAAAAAGGCUGUAGAUGUGUCUGUAUUUUUAUGAAUGUAAAUAUGAAAUCAUUCCCUCCUGAAGCAGCUUCAAGCGGUUUCAACCAUUUUACUGUUUUUAUGUGUAUUUUAACGUUGUUUAACUUCCUGAUGAGAUGUAAAAAAUAUGUACUGACAGAAGUGGUGAAGAUAAACGUCAUCGUGUUGAUCUUGCUUUUUAUUUCCUUUGAUUUUACACCAUUUCUUCUUCCACAUACAUCACAUUCAGUCAUUCCAGCCCUGACGCUAACCCUAGGCACACCGUUUCCCCUGCUUCCAGUCUUGAUGCUAAGCUAGGCUAACUGUUUCCCCUGCUUCAAGUCUUGAUGCUAAGCUAGGCUAACUGUUUUCAGCAUCCAGUCUUGACGUAUGACACAUCGAAAGCAGGCAGCUUGUUGUUUUGUUGAUGGAGGAAACUCUUACAGUGCUGCAGAAGAAGAAAGUAGAUCCUGGUUUCCUGUUUGAAUGUGAGGUUGCAUCAUCUCUAACCCGAAAUCAGACCGGUCUCAGGGUCCGGGAGGUCUCAGUACCCGAAAGUCGGUUUGAUGGCGUUGAAGUAGAACCGCCUCCAGCCCUCCCAGGUUGCGUCCUCCUCCCCCGGUGGGACCCCACCACACUGCAGUCUCAGCUGGGUCUGGUCCAGGCCUCGUGUCCACACGUACCGAAAGGCCAGGUCUUGAAGCACCACCUCCUCCCGAUCCUCCGACCUGGUACCUGUUGGGAGCCACCGUCUGUUACCGCGGGAACACUCACCACCAAUUGGCUGAACUCGCCGCUGACGUAGCCGUCCAUCAUUAAGAGCCGCCACCACUGCCGCCGAGUGAGUGAAAACCUGCACCAGCUGCAGGCGCACAGACUGUCAGGGUUCAAACUGUUGAUGGUGUCCAACACAUGUAUGUAUUACUUAGUUUUUCUUUGUAUACCCCUUUUUACCCCUCCCCUUUUUUUCUACACUCUUCUCUUUUUAUGUUUUAUAUUCUUGUUUAUAUUUGCACUGUGGGACUACCAGAAACGGUAUUUCAAUGUUCUGUAUGUAUAACACAUGUGGAAACUUUGACAAUAAAGUGGACUUUGACUCCA